CCCCGGCCGGCGGCUCCGCGCGUCCUCUUCCGGUGCUGUGGGUGUCGGCGUGAAGCGCGGCGAUGGCGACGGGCGGUCCCGACCCGCGUGGUGGCGACGUAGAGGAGGACGCUUCACAGCUCGUCUUUCCCAAAGAGUUUGAAACAGCUGAGACACUUCUAAAUUCAGAAGUUCAUAUGCUUCUGGAGCAUCGAAAGCAACAGAAUGAGAGUGCAGAGGAUGAACAAGAACUUUCUGAGGUCUUCAUGAAAACGCUAAACUAUACAGCUCGUUUCAGUCGUUUCAAAAACAGAGAGACCAUUGCCAGUGUCCGUAGCUUGUUGCUUCAGAAGAAGCUUCAUAAGUUUGAGUUGGCCUGUUUGGCCAACCUUUGUCCAGAGACUGCUGAGGAAUCCAAGGCUCUGAUCCCAAGCCUGGAGGGGCGGUUUGAAGAUGAGGAACUGCAGCAGAUUCUUGAUGAUAUCCAGACCAAGCGCAGCUUUCAAUAUUAAUCUCCAAACAUUACUACUUAGGGAACCACAUCCCCAGCAUGGCACCACUGUCCCCCAGGAUCUGGGACCAACUUGCACAGAAAUUCUAUCAUAGAAGGCAUUUGGGCUUUUGGAUACAACCACCCAGCUUUGUCUUGGUCUGGGUUGUUAUUUGAGACUUGACUGUUAAAUCAUAAUGACCAUGUAAUCUUGGAGAGGACUUGCAGUGGCUGCUUGUGGCUUCCUGAGCUUUCCUCUGGAAACGUCGGGGUGGGGUGAUAAGCAUAUAAGCUGUAGUUUUUGGCCCCUGUGUUAUUUUUUAUUUCUAAUAUUUUAUGCUUUGAUUUCAAUGUGUUUCUAGUUUAUGAAACUAUACUAGAACAUACAAAACUGGUAUGGGGAACAAUCUUACCUAAAUGCAAAAGGAAGAAUUAAACAAGACCUGUACAUUGUGUGAAAUUCUUGAAGAUAGGAUGGUAGUAGUGUUAAUGACCACGCCAGAGCCUUGACAUUAUUGGGCUUAACACAGGAGACCGGAAGAAGCUCACAAUGGAAAACAGUCACAACUGAGGAUAACUGUGCUAAGUAUUGUGGGACUGAAGCCUUGAGGUAGACAGGUAUUUUUCCUUUUUUCUUACUGUUGCGGAAUGUAGUUUUAGAGUAAGUGAUCCUAAAGUACUUACUUUAUCAUUCCCAAAUUUAGAUUUUUUUUUCCUUCAUCUGCCAGAUGUGAAGGUCUGAACACUUUGAAGUGCCCUUUUAGGUAGCAUCCCAUCCAAACCUCUGGCUUGCUACUUGGCAACAAGUGUUAUCAGAUGGGAGUAAUUUGGAAGGAGGGAGCCUGCCCAUUCCUCAGUCAGUACAGUGAAGUCAAUCAAUCUGAUACAAGUUGGAGAAAACAUUUUAAUAGCUGAACAUUCUAACUUUUAUCUUUAUGAAGGGAAAUAUACCUGUUUUUUUCCACAAUUUGGAAUUCUUUUUUUCUUUCUUUUUUUGUUUUGUUUUGUUUUGUUUUGCACUUGUUCCAAAUGAAUUCAUGAUCCAAGGAAAAGGUUGAGGAAAAACGUUGGCUGUAAAGGUCAAGGUGAUUUUGUGUUAGUUGCUAAAGCAAAAAUAAAAUAUUCCUAUUUUUAUAAAUUCUUUCAAUUUCUGAAAUGA